CACACGGAGAGGAAGCCCUGAAACUUAAACUCCUCCUGCAGCUCUGCAUCUGCUCUGAGUCACUGCUAUGACUCACGCUGACAGCGUUCACGUUUGCUAGCGUGCAGAUGGAGCAGCUCUGGCAACAGCAGAGGCAGGUUGCAUUACUGAUUACCUGCUGCAGCAGACGCUUGCGCCAAGGUGUUUUUUUACGAGCACAGACGAAACGCAGCAGGCUCUACUGAGCACGGUUAUCCUUCUUGCUUGCUUAAAGAUGUGGACUUAACCGAUGUUAUGACAUGCAAAAUCCCUCUGCACAUGAGGAAAAGAGCCCUCUUCAUGGUAAUGUUAGAGGAAUAGCACUUGGAGACAACCUGCUGCACUCUGCUGCUCCAUAAGACAAACAUCAGUAAAGCCAAGCAGCAAGAAAAGAAGGGUUCUUCAUGAAAAAAUGACAGCAAGAGAACACAGUCCCCGCCAUGGUGCAAAGUCCCGCACUGUGCAACGGGCCUCCACCAUUGAUGUCACCUCAGACAUGGUGGGCCUUUCUCUCGCAGGAAAUAUUCAGGAUCCAGAUGAGCCGAUAUUAGAGUUCAGUUUAGCUUGCAGUGAGCUGUUAACUCCAUCGCUAGACCGAAAACCAAAUAGUUUUGUAGCAGUGAGUGUAACUACACCUCCUCAGGCAUUCUGGACGAAGCAUGCACAGACAGAAAUUAUUGAGGGAACAAGUAAUCCUAUAUUUCUAAGCAGCAUUGCCUUUUUCCAAGACUCUCUUAUCAAUCAAAUGACACAAAUCAAACUCUCCGUGUAUGACGUCAAAGAUAGAUCUCAGGGAACAAUGUAUCUGUUGGGUUCUGGGAUGUUCACUGUAAAAGAGCUACUUCAGGAGAAGAAUCACAGGUUGCACUUAACACUAAGGUCUGCUGAAAGUGACCGUGUAGGUAACAUUACAGUUAUUGGAUGGCAAAUGGAGGAAAAAACUGACCAAAGGCCUCCAGUGACAAGGUCACCUGAUACAAUUAAUGGAAGGACUGUGUUACCAGUUGAUGAAAGUUUAACAGAAUCUUUAGGAAUCAGAUCCAAAUAUGCUUCAUUACGGAAAGAUGCACUACUGAAAUCUGUGUUUGGUGGUGCCAUUUGCCGGAUGUAUCGCUUCCCCACCACCGACGGAAACCACCUGAGAAUCCUGGAGCAAAUGGCUGAGAGCGUGCUGUCGCUGCACAUACCCAGGCAGUUUGUGAAGCUUCUUCUAGAGGAAGAUGCAGCAAGGGUUUGUGAACUAGAAGAACUGGGAGAACUGUCUCCUUGUUGGGAAAGCCUUCGUCGACAGAUAGUAACUCAGUACCAAACGAUUAUUUUAACUUAUCAGGAAAAUUUAACUGACCUGCAUCAGUAUAAAGGUCCUUCAUUUAAAGCCAGUAGCUUGAAAGCUGAUAAAAAAUUGGAAUUUGUUCCCACGAAUUUACAUAUACAGAGAAUGAGAGUCCAGGAUGAUGGAGGAUCAGAUCAAAACUACGACAUAGUCACCAUAGGAGCACCAGCAGCUCACUGUCAAGGCUUUAAAUCAGGUGGUCUGCGGAAAAAGCUUCAUAAAUUUGAAGAGGCAAAGAAACAUUAUGAGGAGUGUUGCACUUCAACAAGUUCCCAGUCUAUAAUAUACAUCCCACAGGACAUUGUUAGAGCAAAGGAAAUUAUUGCACAAAUAAACACCCUGAAAACUCAAGUCAGCUACUAUGCAGAAAGGCUCUCCAGAGCUGCCAAGGACAGAUCAGCUAAUGGCCUUGAAAGAACACUUGCCAUCCUGGCGGAUAAGACCCGGCAACUUGUCACAGUCUGUGACUGCAAAUUGUUGGCAAAUUCAAUACAUGGACUGAAUGCUGCAAGGCCAGAUUAUAUAGCUUCAAAGGCAUCUCCAACCUCUGGAGAAGGGGAACAAGUGAUGCUGAGGAAUGAUCAAGAUACACUUGUGGCCAGAUGGACAGGAAGAAAUAGCCGAUCGUCUCUGCAGGUGGAUUGGCAUGAAGAGGAAUGGGAGAAAGUUUGGUUGAAUGUUGACAAAAGUCUGGAGUGUAUUAUACAGAGAGUGGACAAACUUCUCCAGAAAGAGCGCUUGCAAAGUGACAGCUGUGAAGAUGUUUUCCAGUGUGACAUCAGCUGUACUAGUAAAAAAGGUAAUCGUGACACUCGUGCCUACUGGAUAAAUCCAGAAGAUUUAAAUGAGAGCUCAUCAUCCUCACCACCACCUUCAUCAUCCUCACCACCAUCAUCAUCCUCACCACCACCAUCAUCCACACCAUCCUGUGCAUGCCAUUCUCUCACAAAGACAAAUUGCAGCCCUGCUCCGGAAGAAUCUGGCCCAGGUGAAUGGAGCGAAGCUCUUUAUCCCUUGCUGACAACACUCACAGACUGCGUGGCCAUGAUGAGUGACAAGGCAAAGAAAGCCAUGGUCUUUUUAUUAAUGCAGGACAGUGCCCCAACAAUAGGGCUCUGCCUGAGUCUUCAGUAUCGCAGGGAUGUUGUCUUCUGCCAAACUCUGACAGCUCUCAUUUGUGGUUUCAUUAUCAAGCUGAGGAACUGCCUGCAUGAUGAUGGAUUUCUAAGACAACUCUACACCAUUGGCUUGCUGGCGCAGUUUGAGAGCCUGCUGAGCACUUAUGGUGAGGAGCUGGCAAUGCUGGAGGACAUGAGUUUAGGAAUCAUGGACUUGAGGAAUGUAACCUUUAAAGUAACUCAGGCAACAUCAAGUACAUCUACUGACAUGCUGCCAGUCAUCACUGGAAAUCGUGAUGGAUUUAAUGUGAGGAUCCCCUUGCCAAGCGCCUUGUUUGAUUUACUGCCGCGAGAGAUUCAAAGUGGCAUGUUACUGAGGGUUCAGCCUGUUCUUUUCAAUGUGGGAAUCAAUGAGCAGCAAACCCUAGCAGAGAAGUUUGGAGACACCUCACUGCAAGAAGUAAUUAACAUGGAAAGUUUAGUGCGGUUGAAUUCGUAUUUUGAGCAGUUCAAGGAAGUUUUGCCUGAUGAUUGUCUACCUCGAUCUCGUAGUCAGACGUGCCUGCCUGAACUGUUAAGAUUUCUGGGACAAAAUGUACAUGCAAGGAAAAAUAAGAAUGUCGAUAUCCUUUGGCAAGCUGCUGAGAUUUGCCGCAGACUAAAUGGUGUUCGGUUUACCAGCUGUAAAAGUGCCAAGGAUAGGACUGCCAUGUCGGUCACCCUAGAGCAGUGUUUGAUCCUACAGCAUGAACAUGGAAUGGCCCCACAGGUCUUCACCCAGGCUCUGGAGUGUAUGAGGAGCGAGGGUUGUCGGCGAGAAAAUACAAUGAAGAAUGUUGGAUGUCGCAAGUAUGCGUUUAAUUCCCUGCAACUGAAGGCUUUCCCAAAGUAUUACAGGCCUCCAGAAGGAACUUAUGGAAAAGUUGAAACAUAAGCAUACCAUGUCCUUUAAUUGCUGUUCCAUUAAAACGUGUGGAUACACUCUAGAUUAACACCUGAUUUUGUCAUCCAGAAGAGAUAAAUAACCUUUUUGUACGUUUCACUAGGUUAUACAGAGCAUGUUACUUACCGAAUCGGAAUCCAUAGUAACAGUUAUUCUGACACCUUAGCUUGAGAAUAGUGUGAUGACUGUGCCCAUUUAAAUAGCCUCCAGUGUAUGUCAGAUGAGCAGAUAUCGUACUACUCAGUAAUUACCUAUAUGCAAAGCGCUAGGUACCUCCUGGAUGGGCAAGGACUCUAUGAAUGGCAUUCAGGCAGCUGUUUCACACAACAUCUUUUUAUACUGAGUUGACUUGAGCUGGAGCUUUUCAUAAACUUUUUAAAACAGCGUAAAACUCAAAAGUUGUAAAUAAAAAGGGAUUGGGCCCUAGGCAGUCUAAUAACUGUAGAGUGCAUUGUUACAAUCAAGAAACAGAUGUUAAACUUUUAAAAAUAAUCAGCACAAUAAGAGCCAGGAGAAGAAAUCGUUUCACUGUAUAUAGGAUACCAUCUUGAGAAAUGAAAAUAAUAAUACAUAAAAGGCAUAUGAGGUCUAGUUUCUAACUCUGUCCAAAUUAAGACAAAUUCCUAUCAUUUUCAGCACAAAAGGACUCUAGUAAACAUCUUAACCAGCUUUAAGAAGUGUUUCAAAAACAUGAUGCUUAACCAUUGAUGCCAGCAACAGUUCCCCCAGCUCUUCCCAACUAUAACAUGUUGAGUAUGUCUCAUGGUACUGUAAAUUAAUUAACACAUUUUUUUACCCAUGGCUUUUUAUAAUCGCUUCUGGACUGUAAGCAUUAGUAUGUCAGGGGGUUACAUUUUUUUGACUGAUGUUUUUUUUUUUUCCCGUAUCUGUCAAUUUGAAAAUGCUCAAAGUGCCCAGCACAUCCCCAUUACUCUAUUAAAAAAAAAAUGUUUCUGGUAUUUUAGGAUUGUAAAAAAUAGCUUUGCAUUUUACCUUACUGAACGCUCAGAAUCAUGUGUGGGCAGCAUGACUAUUUUCAGAAUAUUUCUGAAGAAGAUAGCAAUGUCCCAUUUUAAGUCAUGUGCUAGUGCACGAGAACCUCGGAUGUGUUCGAGCCUAAGACUAAGGUGAUCAGUUUGAUAGCAUUUGAUAAAAAAUGUUCAACAGAUCUCCUUGGAAAUCACGUCCCAAAGAAUGCCUUUGAAGAUGAGAUAUACCUUCUUAAAAAGCAGCUAAACAUUAAGUUCCAAAUUUUAACAGGAUUAGAUCAUUCCCAGCUAGCUUCACCCAGCCCACUGUGCCCUCCCCCUCUUGGUUUCUAGAACAGAAAGAUCUGGUCGUUUGUUCUUGUGAGAGUAGCAACAGCCAGGUAAGUAUAUGGCUGGCUUCUUUCUCCCUCGCACUGAUGUUUGUCUGUGCUGUCACUGCUCUAUCAGUCAUGUUCAUUCUGCUCCCAUACAGGUUUGGGGGUUUAAAGUCUAGCAGUUUUUGCAUUUUGCUUUCUGCAGUUCAACACUGAGCAGCAUGUCACAACGCCAGAUAAGAGAGUUCUGCUGAACUAGGUUGUUCCCAUUACUUCAGCCUUGCUAGGAGAAGUAAACAAAAAAUUCUGUGCAAGUUCAAUGCAUUUGUAGUACCUGUCCUGAACAAAUCACCUGUAGAAGAAUGGUCCCUUGGAAACAUUAUGAACCUCUUCUCCAACUAAUACACGUGUUGCUUUUUUUUUUCCGAAUAUGUAAACAGAUAAGCAGUGGAAAAGCUUUCAGUGGAAUUUAUUUAGACGUUAUUCCAUUAGUUCUGCUCAACCUUAAGUCCCUGGCCCGUUAUUAAAUGCUACAUUUAUUUUUGUAUAAACUCUGCUCUUUGUAUCCCUUAGUUUUUAUGAGUUGAUGAUUUUAUUUUGUAUAUUUCAAACAUAGUUAAUAUUUUAAGUCCUGUAUUGUUACACUAAAAAACCUUCCAACGUUCAGCUUCAGAAGAAAAUACCAAGAGGUCUGUUGUAACAGUUAGCAGAGCCACUCUCGUAGGUUGUGGCCAGCAAUCAUUAGAUCUGCUCUAGAGCUUAGUGAGCCUUUAUUUAUUUUGUAUACCAGUGUAAUCAGAAAAAGUUCCCGAAUUUUCUGUAUGCAUGGUUUUGGCUCACCUUUUUAAAGCGGUGGGAUACCAGUCCCAAGUAUUGCAUUGUUUUGUUUAAAAGAUUCUGAUUUUAGUACACUUCCAUGUAAAACAUCAUCGUCCAGCUAACGUUUUAUAUAUACAGCGGUGUCAGUACAUGCACGUCAAUGGCUUGUUUUAAAGGGCGUCUUGAGCAGUUCGUCGAAAGAGAAAAACUGUGAAACUUGAAAUCCGCAUAGGAGACUUCACAGGGGUGAAGUAAGCUUUUCUGUUGCACAGGAGAGGCAAAUUUAAGGAUUACUGUAAAACGAAGUUCUGUCUAAUGUUCUUUUUUGAGUAAUUUUUUAAAUUAUAAAACAUACAAAGGUAAAAAGAAAAAGUUGCCAAGUAUGUUGUGUAUGUUCUGUGAAAGUACCUACAGCACAGUUGCCUUUGUUUCAUUUAUACAUGUAAAAUUAUUGUAUAAUACAACACUGUUUUGUCCCAACACAAUCGUAUUUGCCAAGCUUUGUGCAUUGAAAUAUUUUUAUUUAUUUGUUUUUGGGCAGUAUUAAUAUAUCAUAAACAUAUGGCUACUGUUUUAUAUAUUCUAGUUCAUCCAAUCCAUGUAUGCUGUAAAUGUGCUAGUCUUUAGGAUGAAAUCCAAUAAAGAACUGACAAGAAUAACA